UGCCAUAGAUAUUGCCAAAGCUAUAAGCAGCUUGUUUCGGUACUACUCAGAUCUUAAAUAUUAACUUUCUCUCCUGAUUCCAUAUCCUGAUCACUCAGAUAAGAUCUUUUAUUAUCGAAAUAUGUCCUGGACUCAGCACGACUCAGAGUGGCGUUGCCCCCUAGGGGUUGAAGAAUCAGCGUUCUUAGCCAUAGCUGCUAGUGGCAUGUCUCCCAACAAAGAGAACCUCUUUGUUAUGGCAGCUGUUCGAAUUAAGGUUUCAUCUCCAUCUAACGACGUUCAUUUAGAGCAAAGGCUUCGCUCUAUUUGGGCCAAUCUCAGACUUUGCCACCCGGGCAUCGCAACAGCCCUGCGCGACGGCGAAAAGUGCUACCAGCCCACCACGACUGGUGAUGGUUUGAAAGCUUGGGUGGCGUCAUCGUUCUACGUUGAAACCGUCGCCGCGUCCGUUGAUGACCUCUUUUCCCAGCAUCUUAAGUUCCCGCAUCUCAAAAAUAGCGCGAGUUGCCAUUGGUUGCCAGCGUCCAGCGAACUCGCCAUCGGUACUUCACACUGGCGAUGCGACGGGCGCGGCUUGUUCAUGCUGCUUCAUGAAUUCUUGACACUGUUGGCAAGGCCUCAUAUCGGCGCAACCAUCCGUGACCUGGGAAGUGAAACUGCCAACUUGGUGCCCUCCUUUGAUGCGAUCAUGCGUGUUCCGCACUCGGUCUUGCCUGAGAAUUCAAGGCGCGCCGAUGCCAUCUUGUCAGAUUGCAUGAAAGGGGGUUCAUCCAUUGGCUUGCCUGUAGCCAGUGGAAAAGUGCCAGGAAACACAGUGCGACUCGAAACGUCGAUACCAAACAUCGCAUCUACAUUACGAGCGGCGUGUCGAGCUCGUGGUAUCCGCCUUUCUGCUGCAUUGCAUGCAUCAAUCAUUGCAACAACAGCUCGGUAUUGCCAAGCUGAUGCAGCCGAUGAACCAAAGUACAGGUCUAUUGCAGUCUUUGACUUGCGAAAGCAUUGCCCGAAGCCUUUUGAUGGGCCACUACAUGCAGCUGCGCUGCGUGCAACCGCUCUGCCCAUCGCGGUUGAUGCAACCGAUAACUGGAAUUAUCUAGCAAAACAUCUGCAUUCUGUGUAUAGGGAAACCUUCGAACCUGGAAAAAAGGACAUGAUGUUUGUGCGCAUUCCGCUCAUUGAGCGAAUGGCAAGCCUACUAGCCACGCCUACAACGGAGCCAUGGCUGAGCAAUCUCGGGGUGCUGGAUGACUAUGUGAGCAUGAAAUAUGGAGAUGUCAACGUAGAAAAUGUCUGGCUAGGCGUACAGGCGGUCACACCACAGCUCGUGGUCCAUACUUGGAGUUGGAAUGGGCGAUUGCACAUCAGCGCAUGCUAUAAUGAAUCAUUCUACGAAGCGGCGUUUGUCAAGCAAUGGCUUGAAGAGGUCAAGACAAACUUGCUCAAGAACCUGGGCGUUUAGGUUGCCAUAGAGGAAUAUCCAGUCUUAGACCACACGAAUCUACCUAGUUGCUGUGUUGAUGCGCUCAGGUCAGGCUAUAAAAUUCGGUAGAUUUGGUAGGAUCUAGAGCGGUUCCAUACUACUCAGAGCAGACAUAUCGCUAGAGUACGGUUAACCCUAUAUAACAUUUACAAUUUACGGGUUUCGUAGACGUCGGUUAAGAGUAGAACGAUACCUUUUCACGAGGAAGCGAUUUAUCCAUGAUCGCCUGUAGUGGUCUAUCGGGGCUCAAUAUGCAGAAACAUAUUUAUUCCAACUGGAGCCGUAGCACGUAGCUGUAUCGGUAUCCCGAGUGCUUGCAGCAAUAACACGGAAAUACACAAUCUACAUUUUCAAUCUUCCGACCCUCCCGAGGCUGUCCGUACGGCCUUUAUCGUCAUUAUCGAGUAUAUUUUGCGUGCGAAUGAGACGGGUGAAGAGCGGUGUGCAGAGUGACGUAACAACAAUCAGCGUGCAGCUAACCGA